CCGACGGCGAGUUCAAUUUGGUGAAAGGAAGCGACUUGGCAUCAGAAAGAAAAAGGAAGAGAAGACUAGACGAUGUCGUGCUCUGUGGCUAUCGCCAGCUCUCCUGUGUUUUCCCCAACUCGGAUCUCGAUCUCGUGCAAGGGGUCCCCGGAAGCCCUCUCCCUCAACACGGGCUCGCCCGCCGCCUCGCCGUGCUCGUCGUACUCGUCCUCCCCGUUCCGGUCGCGGUUCCAGAGAGCCUCAAGAGGGCUGCGGGCGAUCAACGCCGGAAUCGGCGCCGCCUCACCCGCCUCGCCCUCCGUUGACACGGCCAGGUCCUCCCCGCCUCCUCCGGCUUCGGCCGAGUUGGGGUCGGUGUUGAAGAGGAAAAGGCCGGCGCGGAUUGAUAUCCCCUUGAUGGAGGGGUUGCCCUUCGCGUCCGAGGGAUCGGAUGGUAAGAAGGAGGUGGAGGCGGAAAGCGUGAGGUAUUCGAUGUAUUGCAAGAGGGGGAGGAAGAGGUUGGAGAUGGAGGAUCGGCAUAAGGUGACGCUGGACCUCAAUGGAGACGCCAAAUUGUCUUUCUUCGGCAUCUUUGAUGGGCAUGGUGGCAAGAGAGCCGCUGAAUUUGCUUCUGAGAACAUGGGAAAGUUUAUAAUCGAACAAGUGUCGACAACAAGUGGAGCAGACUCCAGCGCUAUGGAGGAAGCUGUUAGGAUUGGAUAUAUGAAAACCGAUAAAGAGUUCUUGAAGGCGGAAAUGGAUGGAGGUGCUUGCUGCGUGACCGCCUUGCUCAUAGAUGGUGAUCUUAUUGUCUCAAAUGCUGGCGAUUGCCGAGCCGUAUUGAGCCGAGCGGGUAAAGCAGAGGCCCUCACAUCCGACCACCGGCCUUCUCGAAAAGAUGAAAGGGAACGAAUUGAGAGCCUUGGUGGCUAUGUCGAUUACUGCCGAGGCACAUGGAGGUUACAAGGUUCCCUUGCUGUAUCCAGGGGAAUUGGAGAUUUGCAUCUGAAACAAUGGGUGAUACCGGUGCCGGAGACUAAAAUCAUUAACAUUGAAACUGAAUGCGAGUUCUUAAUUCUUGCAUCUGAUGGGCUAUGGGACAAGGUUAGCAAUCAGGAGGCUGUAGAUAUAGCUCGACCAUUGUGUAUCGAUGCCGACACUGCAUCAUCAUUGUCUGCUUGCAAAAAGCUUGUGGAUUUAUCGGCUACACGAGGAUCACUGGAUGAUAUAAGCGUUAUGAUAAUAAAGUUGCAGCAUUUUGUUUGAAGGGUUAUGAAGUAACAAUCCCGAAUAGCCAUUCAUUGACAAACAGAAUUAGGAAUAGAUGUUAGUUUUGUGCCGCAAGUAUUAUUUUCAUGGACUUGCGGCUAUCACCAUUGGAGUUCGCUAAUUCUCUGAUUUGUAUUUAGAUUUUUUCCAAGAUGAUGAUUACUAACUUUGUACUGUAAGAACUUGUAGAAAUUGACAUGAGAUAGAUACUACAUUAUUUUUGCAUGUCUGAUACAAACCUUUCAACCCAUUGUUGUCUUAUUGGUGUUUCAUUUUGUUUGGCAUGAAAUAAUAAUUCCACAGCUAGCUUGAUAUUGAAUGAAUGUCAAGGAGAGAUUGUGCAUGUAAUGUAAUAAAACAAGACAAACUGAUCAUUUUUGCAGAUGAGAAUUGGGAAUCUAAACCAUAAGACCGGAGUCUUAAUAUUGCCAUAACUUUCAAGAGUGUAAGCCAACCAUUUCAUCCAUAUUCUCCUAUCUGUGUUCUUCAACAAUCAAUACUUUCAUGCAACAAUUAUACCUUAUUUCUAGUAAAUGCCUAAAUAAGUAUCUGCUAAUGAAUUCUGAGAUAUGCUACUUUUCCCUGAAACCUGUCACUAUGAGUAUGCCUUCAAUCUGGCCUCUUCUUUCCUAAUAUUGUUCCAUUUGCUUGCUUACAAAGGCAGAUUACACCACACAAGAAGUGGCAUCAACCUUACCACCAACCAUGUUCUUGGUGACCAAAAUCAUCAAGACAGGGCCCAUCUCUUCAUUCAUUCAUUCAUGUCUCGCCGCUCUGGGUUGAGACAGAAUUAGUCAGAUCUGGAACAUCUUUCGCCCAGCUUAGUUUACUGUUACAAAUUGGAAUAGAUGGAACUCCAAUGGCAACUACCAUUGGGCAUAUCUAACUUUUCAUCCUUUAUUUACAGACCUCUAUACUUCUUGGCUGAAAUAAAUGUUCAUUGAGCCAGGAGAAGCAUCUGACAGUAGCAGCAGUUCUUCUUUAGAGAAAAAGGGUAAAUUAGCAGUAUUAACUGAGCACUGAAGAUUGACUUUUGAACUGAACUCUACUUCUUGCAUGCAGGCAAUUGAAGGAAAAGUACAGCAGCUACUCGAUGCAGUGAUUGAUACAGGUAAAAACCAUGAACUACAAGUCACCCACUGACUCCACUCUGUGCAACAAAAAUCAUCAAGUACAAUCUAAGAAUUCCAGAGAUCAUCAACAGAACCCAAUGACUCUUUCACUCUCUACAACCAAAACCAUCAAGCACAAUCUAAGAAUUCCAGAGAUCACCAACAGAAGCAGUGGUGAAGAAGCUUCACCAGUUUUAUUCAAAGCGAGCAGUCCACUACAACUCUGCUGCAUGCUCUCAUGGGAUCACUCCGCGGAAUGGAUUGGGGACCUCAUACCCGGGGUUGGGAACAAACGUGUCAUCGUUCCCAGGAAGAUACUUGCCAUUAGCUGCAGCUGGGAUGCUGUGGUCUAAACCACGGAAUCCAGGCAUCUCAUGGCUGCCGAUCAUGUACCGCCCGAUACCAGGAAUCAGUACAGUGCCUUCAUGGCCGAGGAACUCGGUCUCCUUCGUGUCCGAAUUGGCCGGAACUUUACGUCCGGCGAGUGCAACUUGAGCUACGGAUAUCAGUCCCAGGAAGAGGAGGAUGAGAGGGAGAGUAGGGCAGCGUGAGCAGCUCCCCAUUGACACAGACAACGACAAGAAGAAGAAG